AAGGAGUGAAGGAGUGAAGGAGUGAAGGAGUGAAAUAAUAAAUAUUUUCAAGUUAAAAACGAAAAACUGCUGUUCAUUUACUUGUAGGAACAUUGACAGGUUCAAAUUAGGGGGCCAUACAUUCAGCCGAGGACGGGUUUGAUUUUAGACUACACUGAUCAGGAAAAUUUACUCGAAAAGCAGUGUUGAGCUUUGCCCCUCGAAAAUACAUACACUUUGUUUUGAGGGGAUGCAAGUGAACUCUACAGUACACUCUGUGUAAUUAACGUGAACACCAAAGUUUGAAACCCUGCUGUAAAACCCUUUCAUUAACCUCUUUUACUCAUAACACAGCAGAGAGAGGAACAUGCUAAAAUGCCGAACUGUAUACUAAACAUUGUUCUAUGUCCAUUUCGUCUCAACCGAACAUGUCACUCUCUUGUUCUAUGUUAUGCAUUUCUUUGUUUCGUUUUUCUCUAGUUCUGUCGACCUGUAACAUCGACUCUGAAACUAACCGUUUCUUAUUGCCCUCUUAUUUCGCUUUAUCGCAAAUGUCGCCAAAUGGCGAAAUUUUUGGCAAGCAAAAUGUAGCGCUCCUAUUUUCUCGCAAACUAAGGUUCCCGCGAAAAGAAAUUAUCGAUGAGUAAUUGAAGUUGAAAAAUAACUGUCAUUGAUUGAAAAAUGUUUUUAUUUUCAGCUCUUGGCGGCUCAAUCGGUCUGGGCAUGGUAUGGUUUGCAAGUCCGCUGGCAGGCUAUCUGUGCGAUCGCUUUGGUUGCCGCAUCACAUGUUUCUUGGGAGGCACGCUGUGCAUUGCGGGUCUGGUGUCGACUUCAUUCGUCCAGAGCUUCACAGUGAUGUACUUCACGUACAGCGCCUUGUACGGUUUAGGAACUUGCUUUAUAUACAAUCCUUGCUUUCUUGUAAUUGCUAAUUAUUUUACAGAGAAGUUGUCCGUAGCUACUGGCGUUGUUUCGUUGGGCGCGAGUGUAGGAGUCCUCUACAGCGGACCUUUGCUCCAAGUCCUCUUAGACUCGUUCGAAUGGAGAAACACUUUCAGAAUAAUGGCAGCAACGUAUGCCCUUGUGUGUAUUUUGAGUCUGAAUUUCAAUCCAUAUGUAGAAGAAAUAACAACAGUGGAGAACUUAAACACUGAAAAGAACAACAAAGAGGAAGUAAUAGUUGACAAGACAGGCAUCUCUCUUUACUGCAGUGUGUGGAGCUUUCCUGCUUACACCGUUGUUGUGACGUCGCUCACGUUUGCCAGUUUUGGGAUGUAUAUUCCUUACAUCAACCUGGUCAAGUACUGUGAAGAUAUUGGAAUCUCUGCGCAGAAAGCUUCUCGGCUGUUCAUUUUUAUCGGCCUUGCCUCAUGUGUCGCGCGAAUAAUGACGGGAAGACUGUGUAACAACAAAAGAGUUAAUCCAGUGUACGUUUAUCAAUCAUGCAUGGUAACAGCUGGUCUCGCCGCCUUUAUGCUGCCCUUCACCACAAAAUACUGGAGCCUUAUCGUUUUCAGUGUCAUUUAUGGAUUCAGCGAUGGUAUUUUCAUAACAACUCUGAAUUUUAUUCUACUGACGGUUGUGGACAGCAAGAGAACCACGGCCGCUUUCUGCAUCAACAAUGUGUUAUAUGCGCUUUCUGCUGCCGCCGGUGGACCAGUUGCUGCCUUGAUAGCGGACCACACAGGGAGCUAUAUCUACGCAUUCUACAUGACGGGAGGAGUACUGUUUGCUGCUUUCCUGAUACCAGUAAUAAUGAUUUUCAUCAACUGGAGAAAGUCUAAAGUUCACCCACAGACCUCGGAAGUAGAAGAAGACGAAGAGAAAAAGGUUGAUACAAUAUCAAAGGCGUUUCAGACUGAGCUGGCGCAAAACUCUGGAAUGGAACCACGCGAUGGAACCUUGACGAGAAUGCGCAGUUCUAGCACAAACGCCUAGUUUUCAUUGACGUGUUUUUCACUCAUCCUAGUAUUGGGUUCCAAAAGGAGCAGGGGUGGCGCAGUGGCAAGAGCGCUCGCCUCCCAGCAAGGUGAUCCGGGUCUAGGAUUCUGGCCAGGUGCCAUAUGUGGGUUGAGUUUGUUGUUGGUUCUCGCCUUGCUCCGAGGGAAGUUUUUCUCCGGGUUCUCCGGUU